AUGGAGUCGAUUGACCCUGAGCUGUUGCGGGAUUCGGCAUCGGUGCCUAAUUCUCUCCAUAAUGUGUUGAUCGACCUGCACCGAAGACCCUAUCCUCAUAUCCCUAAUCCGCCUUCAUGCAAGAAACGUGCCUCGGUUGCGUUGAUUAUUCGAGUUAGACCCAGAUAUGCGCAUUGGCCCGAUUCUCCCACCCCUCCUGCUGUGCAAGAUCGAACCAUUGCCACCGAACAACGACUGGACGACUUCUUUGGCCAGACAUGGGUUCAGCAUGGAACCCCGGAAGUUCUAUUCAUCAAGAGAACCUCGCGCGUGGGGGAUCGCUGGACUGGACAUGUUGCGCUCCCAGGAGGGAAGCGUGACCCAGAGGAUACCGAUGAUCGAGCAGCUGCGAUCAGGGAGGCCUCGGAGGAGGUAGGAGUGGAUUUGACAACCGGUGACUAUAUAUACGUCGGAAACUUGCCUGAACGGGUUGUGACAACAAGCUGGGGAUCUGUACCGUUACAGCCAACCGAGGUUGCAUCCACGCAUUGGGUAUCUAUCAAUGCUCUUCUAUCACCCUCAUUACGGACUACCGAGUAUGUGGAUAUGUCGCAAAGGCUUGCGAAUAGAGGCGGGUUCAUCACCCGCCUUCUCUAUCGGGCCUUUAUGGGGCGAAUGAAAUUUUCUGCCAUACAAUUGAAACCGACCGAAAGCCUACAGUGCAACACAAAAGUAAAUUUGAACGGAUCUGCCAACCUUACCGGCAGUUUCAUUCAGCGGUGUAAGACCUGUUGGGGCAAUGGAGCUAACUCCAAUAAUCAGAAUCGGCCCUUGCUUCUAUGGGGAUUGACCCUAGGAAUCCUGGCCGAUUUCUUGGAUAUGCUGCCACCGCAUACGGCUGUGCAAUUGUGGGAGUAUCCUACGUUUACAACACCUGACUUGCGGUGGAUCAUCAGCCUUCUGACGUACCGUCUUCGAAAACGCAAUAUGCUUCAGGUGAAAUCUGGAGUCCGAACCAUCGUCAACAAUACAGCUGUGGACAGCAAGACGGCAGCAUUACCAGUAGUGCUAGCAUCAAAUACAGCACACGGCCACAACGAGGUCGGGAUUGGUGGACUAGGAGUGGGCAGGUAUUAUGGCUCGUCGGACAACGACGGAGGUACUUAUGCGGUUGGCAUCAUGCUCAGAGGGUACUAUGAUAGGCUCCGCCUUGCCAUCUAUGUGUUCAUUGCAUGGAGGAUUGUCAUGGGCUCCAUGGCAGGUGUUUAUGCAUGGAGACUUCUCAAAGGUCGAACAGGUCGUUGA